GGCCAAGGAGGGGGGACGGGAGACUGGGGGAGGGGGUGACGAGCCCCGGCUCAGCACCUCGGAGAGCUCCCUCCCCGGCCUUGUUUUGCUCCAGAAUCGCUGCCGGGGGAGGGAGCGAAGGGGCCGGCCUUAGGCGUCGAGGCCGAGGGAUGGCAGUGAAGAGGACGAAGGGCCCCCGGGGGCAGAGGGCCCAGCCGUAAUCCUGCGAGGGGGGCUGGGGUGCCGGGUGGGGUGGGGGGCAGCGGGCGGCGGCAGCAGUGGCCGCACAUCUGGAUGGAAGCGAGCUUUGUCCAGACCACCAUGGCUCUGGGGCUGCCCUCCAAGAAAGCAUCUUCCCGCAACGUGAUCGUGGAGCGCAGGAACCUGAUCACCGUGUGCAGGUUCUCUGUGAAAACCUUGCUAGAGAAGUACACAGCAGAACCCAUUGAUGACUCAUCCGAGGAGUUUGUUAAUUUUGCAGCCAUUUUAGAGCAGAUCCUCAGCCACCGAUUUAAAGCUUGUGCCCCAGCAGGUCCAGUGAGCUGGUUCAGCUCAGAUGGACAACGGGGCUUCUGGGACUAUAUCCGGCUGGCCUGCAGCAAAGUGCCCAACAACUGUGUGAGCAGCAUCGAGAACAUGGAGAACAUCAGCACAGCCCGAGCCAAGGGCCGGGCAUGGAUCCGGGUGGCUCUGAUGGAGAAGCGUAUGUCAGAAUACAUCACCACAGCUCUUCGGGACAACCGAACUACCAGACGGUUCUAUGACUCCGGAGCCAUCAUGCUGCGGGAGGAAGCCACUGUCCUCACAGGGAUGCUGAUCGGGCUUAGCGCCAUCGACUUCAGCUUCUGUCUAAAGGGCGAAGUUCUGGAUGGGAAGACGCCAGUGGUCAUCGAUUACACACCCUACCUAAAAUUCACCCAAAGCUACGACUACCUGACGGAUGAGGAGGAGAGGCACAGUGCAGAGAGCAGCACCAGCGAGGACAACUCACCGGAGCACCCCUACCUGCCUCUCGUCACCGAUGAAGACAGUUGGUACAACAAGUGGCACAAGAUGGAACAGAAGUUUCGCAUUGUCUACGCACAGAAGGGAUACCUGGAGGAGCUGGUGCGUCUGCGCGAGUCGCAGCUGAAGGACCUGGAGGCGGAGAACCGGCGGCUGCAGCUGCAGCUGGAGGAGGCAGCGGCACAAAAUCAGCGUGAGAAGCGGGAGCUGGAAGGCGUGAUCCUGGAGUUGCAGGAGCAGCUGCCUGAUCCCCCUCCCCCUCCCAGGACAGGUCUGAUCCCCGGUGACCAUGCCCCCCUGGCCCAGGGUUCCAAGGAGCUCACCACACCUCUGGUCAACCAGUGGCCCUCCCUGAGCACACUCAAUAGGCCCGAGGGUGCCAGCAACUCCAAGCUAUAUCGGAGACACAGCUUCAUGAGCGCGGAGCCACUGUCAGCAGAGGCCAGCCUGAGCUCAGACUCCCAGCGCCUGGGAGAGAGCAAGAGGGAUGAGGAACCCUGGGGCCCCAUUGGAAGCUCAGAACCAAAUUAGUGGCUCCCUCGGAGUGAAUGCCCAGGACUUCAACGCAUGCAUUUUGUGUUGUUCCCCCCCCCCACCUUGGUUACCCCUUCCUAGUCUCCCCCAUGCCUGGACCUCCUUUUUUAAAAUUAUUAUUUAAAUAUAUAGAUAUAUAAUUAUACUGUAUCAGAUAACUCGACUUGCAGAUGAGGCAGGCUUUGGACAUGUAACCCACCACACUGUGUUUGUGACUGUGUGUGUGUGUCUCCCCCACCAGACUGUGAGCUCCAUGCGGGCAGGGACCAUGUCUUGUCCAUUCUCUGUAUCCCCAGAGUGUGAAACAGAGCAAAUGCUCACUGUGUGCUUAAUAAAUGGACAGAGGCUGAACCUCAGGGGGAGACAGAGAUGUAAACUGAUGGGUUACCACAGUGUCUUAAGCCCUGUGCAAGUUUGUUCAAUCAAGGUUUAAUUAAAAAUGGCAGAUGCUCCAGAAGAGGCCAUGUCUCCUGGGGGUGACCUGAGAAUUGCCCCCUUUCUCCUCACCACCGAGGACCUCCUCCCCACAUACAUGCAGCCUGGUUGGCCCGGCCUUACCCGCCCUCUCUCCCCAGGGAAGGACCCCACGCCCUCCAUGCUGGGCCUCUGCGGCUCCCUGGCCUCCAUUCCCAGCUGCAAGUCCCUGGCGAGCUUCAAAUCCAACGAAUGCCUGGUGAGCGACAGCCCUGAGGGCAGCCCAGCGCUCAGCCCCAGCUGAGGAGCAGCAUGGGCAAUGCCAGCCCCACCUGCCAGGGGCCAUGGACAACUGCCACCUUUUGAGUCCCCCAACCCAGGCCACCCUUCAUGAACACCAUCCACCUAGCCUUGGGUCUCUAGGGAAAGACAACCCAAGCUUCUUUCCUGCUUCAGCUCCCUGCCAAGAAGGCAGGAGCUGCAUGGGGAAGCAGUGGGACCAGGAGGGACACCCAGGUCACAGCUCCUCAGUUCCCUGGGGAAGCUACUUCAUUCUGGUGGCUCUGAAGGCUGCCUGGUUGCUUUUGCUCAUCUUCCACACUUGCCUCAGGAGCACAUGGUCCAGCCCUGGCAUUCCUGCUGCCCUGCCUCUGGUCUAACCCUGUGUACCCUCUGAAGUCACCCUUCCUUGGUACCUAUGUGGGGAGAGAUUAGGCAAAUAAACACCAGAGGACUGAA